AUGAAGAUUGAAAAUCGCACAUUUAUUAUUUCUGGCGGAGCUUCUGGCCUUGGGAGAGCCUGUGUGGAGGAGAUAUGCAACAAUGGAGGGAACGUUGCCAUACUGGACAUGAAUGAAGAGCAGGGUCUCGAGUUCGCGAAAGAGCUUGGGGACUCGGCCAAAUUCUUUGUCUGCAACGUCCUCGAAACCGAGAGCAUCACAGCCGCGGUACAAGGCACCGUCAGCUGGAUCAAAGAGACGGGCAAAGCACUCGGCGGCGUCAUCCCCGCCGCCGGCGUAUCAACCCCAUCGACUAUUCUAGGACGGGAUGGCUCAGCAUUCAGCUUGGAUGAUUUCGACUUUGUUCUCAAUGUAAACCUGCGUGGGACCAUCGACCUCGUCCGACAGUCAUUAGAGCAGCUUGCGCAGACCCCGCCAUCUGGGCCAGACUCAGAGCGUGGUGUUGUCAUCAUGGUGGCCUCAUCGGCAGCCUUCGAUGGCCAAAAGGGCCAAGUCUCGUACUCAGCCAGCAAAGGAGCUGUCGCAGCCAUGACGCUGCCAAUGGCGCGAGAUCUAGCCCGCUAUGGUAUCAGAGUUGUCACAAUUGCCCCGAGCCUGUUCGAGAGCCGAAUGACAAGCAUGAUGUCGGAGAAGGUUAGGAAAAGCCUGGAGGGUGCAAUGGAAUUCCCCAGAAGGGCCGGCCAGCCAAAUGAGUUUGCCCAGCUGGUGAGGCAGGCGAUCGAGAACAUUAUGCUCAAUGGCGUCGUGAUUCGCUUGGAUGGAGCAAUGAGGAUGCCCAGUAAGAUGUAA